ACGUGAUGAAACCGGCUACAGACGGUAACUGCCCACACAGCGCAGGUGUCGCCCAGUUAGGACACCCACCGAUGUUCUGCACAUGUAAGAGUGAACGAAAAAUUCCAGUGAUGCUUAUAUAAUAUAACGUUUACUCCGGCAAAUCCGAUGGCAAAGACUGGCAGCAGCUAUGCACGUCUAAAUGGGAGAUCUUCACUGAGCGAUGACACGGAGCGUAUGCUGCCUGCGCGUGAGGAUCUGCCAUUGAUUAUCCAGCGGUGACUAAAAUGGGAGCGCAUCGCGGGGACCAGAGCGGAGCGCAGUCAAUGGGAGGCUGAGGAGAGACCGGCUAGCUACCGAGAGCGGAGCGCCAACGGCCAAGACACCGCAGCCCACUGUGUUAUUCGUUAAAAAAAAUAAGGAAGGAUGCUGUAUUUUCGAUUGUCAGCUAAAGGCUGGAAAUAGUCGGACUGGUAGUGAACAAUCUGCAAAAGCGUUGUGGAAGAAAAGCCGAACAGCCUAAACCACUCCGCCCCCCACCCCCCGCCCAUGUUACUUUCCCCACCUCAUUACCCACAGCAUGCCCACCUCCCUGGCCCCUGCUGUGGGCAUUAACUACAGUGGCGUGCCCUGGGACCCAGGCUCCACUGAGCACUACCCCUCGUCCAUCGCUAACAGCGUGGUGAAGAUGGCCCUGAUCUCGGUCAUCGUCUGCACCUCGCUGUUCGGCAACGUGGUGGUGCUGCUGGUGUUCCACCGCAAGCCGCACCUGCUCCACGUGGCCAACCGCUUCGUGCUCAACCUCCUGCUGGCCGACCUGCUGCAGACCGUGCUGGUGAUGCCCUUCGCCAUCGCCGCCACCGUUCCCCAGGUCUGGCCCCUGGACGCCCGGCUGUGCCAGGCCCUGGUGGUGCUCAUGCACCUGUUCGCCUUCGCCGGGGUCAACACCAUCAUCGUGGUGUCCGUGGACCGCUACCUGGCGAUCAUCCACCCGCUGUCCUACCCCACCCGCAUGACCCCGCACCUGGGCACCAACCUGAUCGCCUGCACCUGGCUCCUCAGCGUCCUGCAGAGCACGCCGCCGCUCUACGGGUGGGGCGCCAUCGACUUCGACCGCCGGCACAACGCCUGCGCCGUGGUGUGGUCCUCCAGCUCCUCCUACGCCGCCCUGGUGUCGGCCUUCUCCUUCUGGCUGCCCGUGGGCGUCAUGCUGGCCUGCUAUUGGAUGGUGUUCCGCGCCGCCCGGAGGCAGAACGCCCUGGUUCACCCCAUCCAGGCCGGCCACCAGCUGGACUCCCACCCCCCCUGCGCGCCCCCCCACCAGCAGCACCAGCAGCAGCAGCAGCCUCAGCCCCUUCCUGAUGGCUCUCUCAUGGCGGGUUACCCCAGCAGGGUGCGGGCCAGACGCUUCCACUACCACUGCAAGGCGGCCAGGGUGGUGUUCGUCAUCAUGGCCUCCUACAUCCUCAGCAUGGGCCCCUACAGCGUGCUGAGCACCGUGUCGGUCCGUUCGGCCGCCACGGUGCCCCCCUGGCUCUCCUCCCUGGCCCUCAUCCUCUUCUUCUUCCAGUGCUGCGUCCACCCCUACAUCUACGGCUACAUGCACCGCAGCGUGCGCAAGGAGUUCCUGACGCUCCUCUGCGGGCCCCUCUGCCGGCGCGGCCAGCCGCCCCGGAGCUCGGCGGUCGACAGCUGCUUCACCGUGACGGACGGGCGCUCGGGCCACCCGCACCCGCCGGGCGCCGCGGCCACAAGGGUCCACCCCCUGCAGACCUGGGAGGAGGGCACCACCUCCUCCUCCCCCACGGAGAGGAGGUCCCGGGACAGCCGCAAGGAGACCGCCUCCAUCAGCCUCAGCUCGGAGAAGGAGCUCGUCGUCUACGGGAAGUGACCGUUGCCCUCGGGAGGUUCCAGUUUCACUGGCUUUGUGGUGGACCAGGAACUCUUCUGUUUUGCAAAAGGGUAAAACUCAGUCAGGAAGAGGAGUUAGACCUGUCUGGCUAGCCUUGUGUGACAAGUUUCACCCCGCUCUGCUCCAAGCCUGGAUGACAGCACUGAAUUUCAGUGUGAAAGGUUUGUUUCCAAUCUCAUCAACUCUGUGAAGGUGGCUCUAAGAUGAGAGUGGAGAUUCAACACCAGUGGUUGAAACAUAAGCUUAUGAGUUAAGAAGAAGUGUAUCAAACACACCAAAGCUCUGCAAAAAAAACCACCCUCUGAGAAUCUGACCAAUUUCCCUGGUGUGCCCAUCACUCCAACAGUAAGUGCUGUCCUCAGACGGUAAGGUGAGGGUGUCUGGAGACCUUUUAGAGAUGUGAUCAUCUGGCUUCUGACAUUAAAGUCUGGAAAGUUAGGACAGUCGGAGAGCAGUUGUAGGCUGCAGAGCUCUUAGCCCUUUCCGAUCAGAGGCCAUAUAUUGCCUACAGGCAAGCGGGGAAUAUGAGCUCCAGUCCAGACAACUUCACUGAGAAAUGACUGGCAUUUGGCCUUUCCUUAGAGCAUUACGUGGGUUAUAAUGUAUGAUUUGCCUGCAAAAAAAUUCAAAGUUCUAUGUGGUAAAAGCGCACAAUUUAUUUUCCUGUUUUUUCAUAUAACGGGAAAGAUGAAUGCUGGCGUGUUUUGUACAUUUUUGGUAAGCCUAUGCACAUACUGAAUAGAAUUAAUGUCAUGUUGAUCCUUCCCAAUUGGUAAAAAUAAAAAUAACAGAAAUCAUGUAGGUGUUACGUUCCAUGGGAAUCAGAUCAUUGUCACAUCAGAUGAAUAAGUAUUUCCCCAGUUUACACAACACCAUUGUUACAGAGGGCAGUCAGACUGUCAGCUCAUAUUUCAUACUAUAAUUUUAAUAUCAUUGCAAAUGCAAUUGAAGUGCAAAAACAGAGCUUGCACAAUAGUAUUCCAAAACAAAAAGAUGCUCUGCAUGGCAAAGCUUAAAGGAAAAAUAAUAAUGAAACACAGCAGUCAAGCAUCAAUAGACACAGAGAGAACAAUUCCCACUUAAGAGUGAUUGGUACAUCAAACCAUACACUUUCCCUGGGUUGAAUUUUUCAAACAAAAGUACAGUGAGUACCCAUUAGACCUGAGUUGCAAAGGAAAACAGAAACAGCUUUAAGCACCAUAGCGGCCCAGUACAGAUUAACCAACUUCUGCAAAAAAAGAUUACAACAGAAAGCCUUCAGAGAUGUUGGUGUUUAUUUUGAAUGGAUAGAUUAAUAAGAACCCCCGCUCCCAAGUUUCUCCCAUAUUGAUGGAGGGAAAGACAAUAUAUUGGGUGAAAUGUGGUCAUAAAUUACUCAAAAUACCAUCCAAAGACUAAAUGACAAUGAUAAUAAUUUUAUUCAUGUUGAGACAAAUUGACUAAUGUUGCUGGAUCUAUGCUGUCCAGGAUUGUAGGCAGAUCUACAAUAUGUUCCACAGUGUGAUGCACUAUGGGAUUGUACAAUUUCCAGGAUCCAGCCCCUUCGCAUGUUCCGUUUUCUUUGUGAGCUGUGAAUCCAGAAUCGAGCCGUACUGGUUGUGACCUGGGUUAAGUGAGCGCCCCUCCUUCCAGGUAGAAUCGUUUAAUAUUUCAGUCCAUUCAUAGCCUCAGGAUUUAUGCUGUGCCCAAGGGCCACACUUGAAAAUUCUUCAGUGCCAAACCAACUCCUGACUGUACUGUACCUAUUUCAAAGUGCCUCCUGAAUGAGGUGUACAGUAUCUGUCUUUGACCUUAAUACCAGCUGAAGCCCCAGGACACUGCCAAAAUUUAUAGACGCCCCCCCCCCCCCCCCCUUGCCCCUUAGUUUUGGGGGGAAGUGGGUAUAAUUAAAUAAUACAUCUGUGGCAUAUUUGCCCACUUUCCGCAGGUUCACAAAAGAGCACAAAAAUUCCCUCUGCUGCACUUUACUCUUCUCUGAGUGUGCUUUGAAAGCACUGGAUGAGCAACCCUCUCAUCCUAAUUUCAACACAGUACAAGAGGAGGCACAGCACAUUCUGUAUUCUGAGACCUAACAAACCUAUUUGGAAGCGUGGUCGGCAGUUUUUACACAUAUUAAUGGGGGGGGGGGGGCGGCGAUUUUAAAAAUCACUGAAAAAUGAGUGUGUCACUCUUAAUAUUACCGUCUUUUGUGUAGUAUACUGGUCAGGGGUGCCAUGUUUAACAUUUCAGUUUGGGUGUCUGUCAAUGACAUAAUAAUAAUAAUAAUUCUUGAAUGUCAUAACUGAAGCAGAUGUCUUUGUUACCUAGAUACAAUGCUGCACAAAUCCACUGAUUUUGAUGGCCAAUUGCAUGCUUUUUGACUGUUCCGGGAUGGAUCAGUGGACCAGCUCUGUAGAAGUAGUCUACCUAGGGAACAUACAUUACUGUGCAUACAUGUUUUAGUUCCAGAUUAACAGGUCAAUUGUGACAUGAAAGAAGACAGGGAUUAUGGUUCCGGAGUCCCCUCUUUGAAAAAUAAAGAUAUCAAUAAGGUUUUUUUUAAAUUUUGUAUAUAUAAAUAUAUGAAGAAUUACACACAGGUUUGAUGUGGUACUGUAAAGGGUGCCCUUGUGAGAUUCGCUUACUGAAACCUUGUAUUUUAAGACCAUGUUUCCUUGUCAUUUGUUGAGUACACUUUUAGUUUAUAGUAUGUUUGAACAGUGAUGGUCUGCCGUGAAUCUUUUCUUGUCGAAUAGAAAAAUACCUUGUGCGAUUUGUACAUGCGCUGAUUCAAAACUGCGUAUGCUUUGUUCACAAAGGAAUCACAACUGAUCAAACUGAUGAGAAAUGGACGUUCACAUUAAAACACAAGGUUCCAUUUGAAACACUGGACAAACAGGCUUCUUGCAUCUGAACAGUGUAGACAAUCAAAAGAUGAUAAUGGGAAAUGGCCAUUACUGGAUAACCCAUUUAGAACAGUGCUGUGUAUUUUUUAAAUCUGAUUUUAGAAUGUAAGUAAAUAAACUGUAAGUUUAAUUUACUAUAUAAAUAGUUUAUAAUGUAAUUAUCCUUAGAAUGUACUUUUUUUUUCUUUCCUUAAUUUUCAACAUGGUUCAGAGAUGUUUAUGUACAUUUUAUAUAACUGAAUAAACUAUUUGUGAGACCGAA